UGAGGGGAAAGAGAGGGAAAUUCCGUAGCAAACAGGGCGCGAUGUGGCGUAUAUAAGACCACAUCCAGUCUCUCCUGUGCUUCAGUGUCCCGUCAGGGUGAGGAGCUCAAGGGAGGUGCGUGUCUUCGUGGAAGUCACAGCCGCUAGGACGUGUGAAUACAGGACAUCUAAAUCGCAGAAUGUGUGACGAGGAGGAUUGUGCCUUGGUCUGCGACAAUGGCUCCGGGAUGGUCAAGGCUGGCUUUGCCGGUGAUGACGCUCCCCGAGCUGUCUUCCCCUCCAUCGUCGGCCGACCACGUCACCAGGGUGUGAUGGUGGGCAUGGGUCAGAAGGAUGCCUACGUCGGCGACGAGGCUCAAGCUAAAAGAGGCAUUCUGACUCUCAAGUACCCCAUCGAACACGGCAUCAUCACCAACUGGGACGACAUGGAGAAGAUCUGGCACCACACUUUUUACAACGAGCUUCGCAUUGCCCCUGAAGAGUCUCCUGUCCUGCUCACUGAGGCUCCCCUCAACCCCAAGGCCAACCGUGAGAAGAUGACCCAGAUCAUGUUUGAAACAUUCAACACUCCCGCCAUGUACGUAGCCAUCCAGGCUGUGCUGUCCCUGUACGCCUCUGGCCGCACCACGGGCUUGGUUUGUGACUCUGGUGAUGGGGUGACUCAUGAUGUUCCUGUUUAUGAAGGAUACGCCCUUCCCCACGCUAUUCUCCGUCUUGACUUGGCCGGUCGUGAUCUCACCAACCAUUUGACAAAGAUCAUGACUGAGCGAGGCUACUCUUUCACCACCACCGCCGAGCAUGAGAUUGUCCGUGAUAUCAAAGAAAAGCUCUGUUACAUCGCCCUUGAUUUUGAGGGUGAGAUGAAUGUAGCCGCCGCUUCAAGUUCUAUUGACAAGUCUUACGAGCUGCCCGACGGUCAGAUCAUCACUAUCGGGAACGAGCGGUUUCGUGCCCCAGAAGCACUCUUCCAGCCUUCCUUCCUGGGUAUGGAGUCUGUGGGUGCCCAUGAAUGCGUCUACAACUCCAUCAUGAGGUGCGACAUUGACAUCAGGAAGGACCUGUUCGCCAACACCGUACUGUCUGGCGGCACCACUAUGUACCCUGGUAUUGCUGACCGCAUGCAGAAGGAAAUCACUGCCCUGGCUCCCUCAACUAUUAAGAUCAAGAUCAUUGCCCCUCCUGAGCGUAAAUACUCCGUCUGGAUCGGCGGCUCCAUCCUAGCCUCUCUUUCUACCUUCCAAACCAUGUGGGUUGCCAAAGAGGAAUAUAACGAGUCUGGACCAAGUAUUGUUCACAGGAAGUGUUUCUGAUGAAACGGUUGUUGGUGUCCUUCGGAGCGUUAUGAAUAUCACCACAGUUAUUGUCACUUAUUGUGUCGUUAAGUAGCUUUUGGUCUGUAGGGUGUUUAUUGUCCUGAAGCCACAGAUACCCUAAUAAUGUGAGAUAUUUUCAUGACAAAGGCGCAUUAAAUAUAUCUUCAACCUUCAAUAAA